AUGGCUCUUGAAUCAGACGUCGAGGAUGAGAUAGAAGUCCUCUUGCAAGUUUUUCCACGCCACGAUGUUGCGGGCUUAACAAAGGCGGCAUGUCAGAAGCGGAAGACGGAUGACGAUUCGGCUACGGUGGGACCCUCAAUGAAGCGAGCGCGUCUGGAUGAUGGGGGCUCGCUCAUUUCCGGCCUCCAUGGCACCCGUCAGAGUUGUUACUCAGCGUCGCGCCAGAGUGCGCACGUCACUCUCGAUCGGCUGUUCGAGUCGGGUGUCCCGGUUGAGUUGGUUAAUUUGCAUCUCGAAACGGUUCACGGGCAUUCUGUAGGCCCAUCACAUUGGUUUUAUCCCAGGCGCAUCUUAAGGUCCGCGAUUGGGGCGACGCGCAUUCAAGCGGAGUGGAUACGAGCACGCAACAGACCGCCUUUCUUGUAG